AUGUUACUGUAAUGCUGUUAUUCGCUUGAAUUACAAUAUGUAAAUAAUGAUCAAGCAUUAUGUCUUGAUGGAUCACGAGGUGUAAGGCUUUUAUUAGAUAUUCUAGUCCUUUUAUUUUCAGAAAGGAUACAAGGAAGGUAAAAAUAAAUUUUUGAUCCAUUUUGAAGGAGGAGAGUACUAACAUAUUUAUUUAAUAUAGUCUUAUAUUAGGAAGCAGUGAAGAUGAAUAUUUUAGAAAUGCGAUUCUUAAGUAAAUUUUACUCUUAUUAAGACAGGGGACAUAAUAUGGAAGUUCAUUGAAUAGAGCUCUGUCAUUUGAUUUCGAUGGUUUAUUAUCUUAAAAUUAAAGUUAAAAUAUCAACUUUUAUAAUUGGAACAUCAUAUAUAUAAAUUCUUGCGAUGGGACUGGUUAAGAAAUUGUUGAUUAUUUUUAGGUCAUUAAGGCUAUAGAUAAGAUGUUGUUAAUUACUAAUAAAAGAAGAUCUAUUUUCGUGGUGAAUUAAUCAUCAAAAGUGUUAUUGCAGAGUACAGUACUCAAUUGUAAAGUUCCGAAGUCAUUAUUUUGUCUGGAUGCUCAAUUGGGGCAGUCGCUGCUUUAUAAUGGUCCUAACAUAUUACUUAAAUAAUACCAAUUAGUGUGUCAUUACUUUGUAUUGCCGAUUCUGGAAUACUUAUUGAUAUGCACUCUAUAGAUGGUAGUGAACUGUUAAAAUAAUCAUUAAAAAUAAUGAACUACAUAGUUAAUGUUGAAUCUGAAGUUCCUAUUGACAGUUGCGCUAAAAAUUAUCCAAAUUAAAGCUGGAAGUGUUUUUAUUUUUAAAAUUUGUUAAACCAUAUUACUAACCCAGUCUUUAUAAUUUAAUCUUUGUAUGAUGCUGCGUUCCUCUAAGAUUAUUUAAAAAUAGAGUGCAUUAAAGAUAUGACUUUAAGUUACUGUUCAUCAAUUGAGAAAGACUAUAUUGACUUUGCUUAUUCUUAAUUUUAAUCAACAAUCAAGAACAAAACAUAAGCCAAUAGAAGGAUGGGAUCAUUUGCUCCAAGUUGUAUCUCUAAUUGGUAUUCUUAGAUUUUUAUUAAAAUUUGUUUUUAGCCUUUUUCUGAAUUCUGCCUCGUUUUCUAUUAAUUGGUCAAUUCCUGAGAAAUCUGGCAAAACUAUAUCCUAAACUUUAAGCAAAUGGAUAGAAGUUCAACAAAGAAAUAAAGGAGAUGAAGAUUAAGUGGUUCUGAUUGACAAUGUUUAUUGGCCUAAUAACUAGCCUUGUGCCAAGUUAGCUUCUAAAUCAAUUGCCAAUAGAUAUGCAAAUAUAUUGUACUUUUUGUUUAUAAUACUAAAUUUUUGA